AUGCUUGUCAAAACGGGUGUCUCAUUUGCUACUGUUGCAGAAAAGGAGAUUAUCGAUAGCAUAGUGGCCAAUAAAGGAUUGACAAAAGUGUCGAUUAAUUUGAGGCUGCCUGAGGGACGACAUAAGGUUGAAAAUGCCACUUUAAGGAAUGGAGAAUACAAACGUGUUCUUCGACGGGAAGCAGCGCUGAGAGCAAAACAAGAAGCGGAAGAAUUGGCGAAGAAUCCCGUGCCGCAGCUGCCUAAAGAACCCAAAAAAGAAGUUAAGAAACCGGUGAUCGCCGCUGCUAAAAAGGAAAAGGAUACCCACGUUAACGAUGCUAAGCCUGUUGCACCAAAAUCGACAGCUUCGACUAUCAAGAAUGAAACUCCUACUAAAGCUAUCCCUUCACAGAUUACUAAUCCAACUGUUGCUUCAACUGCUAAAGAGAAAAAGAAUGAUGACGUUGCUAGUGAUAGAGUGCCUAGGAAUUUUGUUGUUCCCAAAAAGAAGCUUGUAGAACCUAACGAACCCGAAGCUGCUUCAUCUAAACCCAGAUUGCCGAGCAAAGUUUCGAUGUUAGCCAGGAGAUUGUCUAAUGUCGACACUAAUACUCCCACACCUGUUCUACGCGUGAGUGAAGAGAAGGAGGUUCCUAGGAAAGUGCUACCGCAAAAACCAGGAUUUUUACCCGACGAGGAGGAUAUCAAAGCGGCAACUUCGGCAAAGAAAAACACCGAAAAAGAGUCUGCUCUAAAGCGUCCAGAAUCAAAGGUUGCUGCUUUGAAGAAGAAAGUGGAAUCCGAUAAGAAGGAACCGGCAGUACCUUUUAAGCCUAAAAAAAUAUCCGGAGAAAAGGCGGAGAAUCAU